AUGGCCACUUUGUCCCCCCGGCCGGCAUCUCUCUCGACAGCUGCGUCUCCGCAAGCUCCUCCGUCCAAGCGGCCCCUAGCGACGACCAAUGAGGAUGCGGAAGACGAGAACCGUCGGAAAGACCCCAAGGUCAGUAGAGCCUGUGACAAUUGCAAGAGGAAAAAGAUACGCUGCGAUGGCAUGCUUCCAUGCAAUAAGUGUGCCAAGAGAAAGGUCGACUGUGCCUAUGACGCGAAAUAUGGUCGAGGGCGACCUCCGACUCCACCCCUUUCAACUACGACCCGAGAAUCACAAGACAGGCCGAGAAGUGAUCGGCCGCAUCAACUAUCCACCUGGCAAGAAGCAGGUUCUGGUGUUCACGAGGUCUCAGUUUCACGAGUCCAAUCUCGCGCCUCUCCUGAAGUCGAACUCGAGGGUCAAUAUUUUGAUCCUACCUCGGGGUUAAACUUCCUCCACCGGGCGUGGAAAAAGCUGUUGAUCCAGAAGGACGAGUCCGCAUCCUAUGACUCAAACGACGCGGAGCGAAAUCAGCUCCUAACAUCGGCUGGAGAUCGACCUUUUCACGUUGAUCAUAACGCGCCAGAAAACUUCAUUCCAAGUGCUUCAACAGCGAGAGAGCUGGUGAAGUACUAUUUCGAGGAAUGCGUUGUGACAUACCGCAUGUUCCAUCGACAAACUGUAGAAUCAUGGAUGGAGGUGUUCCUGAAGGAUCGAGAAGAGCAACCCGCCUCCCGGUCGCUGAACAACCCCAGAACUGCGAUUCUUCUUACAAUCAUGGCUAUCGCGAGCCUGCGCGUCGAGAGGGUGAAUAGAGAAAUGUCAACAGAGGCCGAGUUGCUUGCUUUUCAACGAAGUGAUCAGCUAUUUUGCGCUGGUAUGAAAUUGGCCGAUGAAGAGAUGGGGUUCCCACGUCUUGAAUCGGCACAGGCACGGUUGAUUCAAGUCCUGUAUCUUCUCCAAACUUCCCGCAUAAAUAAAGGCUGGUACACAUUCGGCACUGUCUUCCAUAUCACUCUCUCGCUGGGUAUGCACAGGAGACGGGAUCAAAAGCGAGACUUUCCUUUCACGAGCAGGCGGCAAAACUACAUCACUUCAGAGUGUUAUAAACGCACAUUUUGGGCGGCAUAUAUCAUCGACAGAUAUCUAAGUGUUGUAUUCGGCCGACCUCGACUUUAUCAAGAUGAGGAUAUCGAUCAGAAUUUUCCAGAUAAUGUAAAUGAUGAGGACAUGACACCACAAGGACCUUCCACUUCAGAUGACUUGACUGACUGCUAUAUCGAUGCUCUCAUCUUUCAUGCGAAAAUUGCACGAAUAAUUGGCAAAAUAUCUCGAGAAGUUUAUUCGGUUAGCGACCUGUCUAAUCACGAUCGCUUAGCAGCUGCCCUUCGACUGGGCCGCGAAUUGCACGAAUGGCGUGCAAGCCUACCACCACACUUGGGUACUGUGAAGCCAUCAACAUUGGUGCCGGGCUUUCGGCGGCAGGCAAUUGCCUUACAGCUCGCGUAUUCUCAUGCCCUCAUUCAUGCCAAUCGGCCCUUCCUUAUGAGUGAAGCAGCAUCCGAAAAUGUCACAGAGUGCAUCCUUGCCACAAAGACUAGUUUAGAACUCGUCAACAGAAUGGCGGGAGAUAGUACGCUAUUUCAUUCCUUCUGGUGGACUCACUACGUGAUUUUCUGUGCAUUGGCUGUGGUUUAUGUUUGGGAGAUUCAACGAGCCACCCGAUCGACUGCCGAAGUUGACGAUGAGUCGCUGGCCAAGAUAUUUGAUCUCGCAGAGAAAUGCCGAGGCCAUCUCCAGCGAGCAUCUGCUGGUCUAUCUCAAAAUCGAAGAUACAGCAUCAUACUUGACGAAAUUAGAUCCGAGGCACAGAGAUGUCGAUUUUUGAGGGGAAAUCCGUCUAAUCCACCCCACGGUGACCAACAUGGUGGCGAAGCCAGCACCAAUACAGAAGCUAGCUUUAUGAUGUUGCAGGAUCCGGAAAUGUUCGGGUCUGGUCCAGAAGCUUUGCUUCAUGAAGGCAUCAUGCCGAAUUUGCUGGACAGCUUUCUGUUCAGUGAUUGGCAGACUCUUGACUCAUCGGCUUUCCUUCCAUUUCCUGACCCGAAUUCCGUUUCCCCAACGUAUUCUCACCCAGUUCUAUGA